GUCCCCAGGGUGGAAAUGCUGCUGCUGAAAAGCUAAAAAGAGGCAAAUUUUCAAAUCUUCUCCUGGUUCAGGUGCCCAGAAGUGAAACGAACCGACUUCUUGCGCGCCUCCGAUGGCCGACCAUGAUGGUCGGACACAAGAGAGAAGGGACGCGGUCGCUUCUCGUUCAGUUAUCGAGCGGACGGCCAAUUCGUCGAAAUCCGUGCGCCAUUUUGCGCUGCGCGAGGCAAUUUUUUGCACCCUCCCCCCCUGAUUGCGCCCCCGACAUAUCAGUGGCUCGACAAGCUCGGCCAGAAGCGGGUUGUGCACUUUUCGGGGUUCCAGCCGUGCCCAAACGGGUUCCCGUGCGAUUAUGCGUGUUGUGAAAGUGUGUUUUUCUACACCGUUCUUGUGGAUUAUCCAUUAGGUUCCGUAUAGUGGGAGGCGGGCUGUUUAUUACCAAUUUUACGACCAGUUGCACGCCACUGGGCGCGAUGCACACGCCAGAUUCCACCCUGGAGCGGGGCAUGCUCCCCCCGAAUUCCCUGCCCGCAAUGAUGCCAAUGGAGGAGCCGCAGGAAAUUCGAAUACCCCAAGUAAUGUCGCUGCCCAGCAGGGAUGAGUGCGACAGCAUGAUGGCGGAAAGUUUGGGUCGUCUGGAAAAUGAGCUGGACAACCUGCACAAACUGGCCGAAUCCAGUAUAGUAAAUAUGGCGUCCGCUGUCCAGGACAGUUCGCCGGACACCCCGCAACCUCUCGGCUACAACAUGAAGCCCGAGUGGAUGUACGGGAUCUUCGGGUGCCUUCGGCCGCUCUUCUGCACAACUGGCAAAGGAAUGGUGGACCCCAAGUGCGGACAAGAUGAUUGGGAGAUUCCGUUCGAGAAAAUCACCGAUUUGCAGUUUUUGAGCUCGGGCGGUCAGGGCGCUGUUUUCGCCGGUUAUCUCAACAAGACCCGCGUGGCCAUCAAGAAAGUGGCCGAGCUCAAAGACACGGACAUUGUCCAUCUGCGCAAACUGAACCACUCCAACAUUGUGAAGUUCAAGGGGGUCUGCACGCAAGAGCCCUGCUUCUGCAUCGUGAUGGAGUUCUGCCCCUAUGGCUCCAUCUUCGACCUGCUCAAGAACCAGAAGAACGUGGUGACCACCAAUCGGGUGGUCUCGUGGGCCAAACAGAUCGCCAGUGGCAUGCAUUAUCUACAUGUACACAAGAUCAUUCAUCGCGACUUGAAGAGCCCAAACGUUUUAAUUGGCGACGACGAAACAAUCAAAAUCAGCGACUUCGGCACCUCGAAAACCUGGAGCGGAGUGAGCGAGAAAAUGACGUUUGCAGGAACCGUCGCCUGGAUGGCGCCGGAAGCCAUCCAGGAAUUGGCCUGCAGCGAAAAAGUCGACAUCUGGUCCUUCGGCGUGGUUCUAUGGGAGCUGCUCACUUGUGAAGUGCCAUACGACGGCAUGGAGCAAAGCGCCAUCAUGUACUCGGUGGGUUCGGGCAAGCUGAAGCCGCCCAUUCCGAGCACGUGCCCCGACGGCUUCAAGCUCAUCCUGCAGAUGUGCUGGAAGCUGAAUCCGAAAGAGCGGCCCAGCUUCAAGCUGCUGUGUAACCACCUGGAAAUCGCGUCCGUCGAGAUUCUGGCCAAAUUCAAGGACGAUCAGUUCUUCAAGACGCAGGAAUCGUGGAAGGCGGAAAUCAAGACGCACAUCACGCAGUUCGUCGAACAGCUGCAGAAGCACAAGAUCGAGUACCACUUGAAGGAGGAGCAGCUGAUUAAGAAGCGCGAAAUGGAAAUCAAGCACAUCCUCGACAUCAAGGAGCUGUACGACCGCAAGUUGGAACAGGUGCACCAGCUAUGCGCCGAACUAACGGGAAUGAUGCAACGCGAGCGGGCAAAAACGGCCGGCGUUUUGCAGCUGGAGCGAAAAGGCGACCGAAGGCGUCGGUUCCUCAACUGGAAAAAAGUGGACCGGCGCAACAGGCCCGGCACCCAAAGCUCCAGCCCUGAGCAGAGCCUGACCAGCCCUGAGAGUCCGCCGAACAUCCGCCCGCCCAAACGCUGCAGUUGCACUGAGUCGCCCAACGGUUCCGUGCAAAAGGCCGCCCUCUACACCACCCUGAACCCCGCCACUGAAACGGUGACCACGCAAACCUCGACUGGGUCCUACAAGAAGCGGCAUCACCGCACCAACUCUGGAUCGCCGCGCAGCUCCGGGUUCGGGUCCAGAGCCUCCAGUUGUCGCGCCUCCAUCGUGGUGGACGCUGAGACUCAAACAGAUGGGAUGGACAUUAGCGAGACUGACCUGAGCAGUCCCACAGUGAGCUGCAACAACACGCUGCUCUGCAACACUGGCAACGCCCAAAAGGUCAUUCUGCAGCAGUUUGAGGACGAUGAAGGCCAGAACGGCAACAGCGUCCAGCUGCACUACAUGGUGCAGCAUGCUCAACACGCCAUUCCGAUCUUCACGCGCAUGGACUCGCGCCCCUCCAGCCCGAUAAUCUUCGACACAACGGACGACGCGACCAAUCGCAACAUCGACACACCGGAAGUCUCAAGUGAGGAGAACUUGGAGGCAAUCAGCCGAAAGGUGGCUGCAAUUACGAUUUGCAGCCCGGAAAACGGCAAUAUUGGGGACAAUCUGUGCGAAAUCAUCCGGAAUCGGACGCUGUCCGAUUGCAGAGUGGGCCUGGACAGGGACAGCACGGAGGACGCGGCCAAUGAGGACAGCAUUUCGGAGGACGAUGCCGAAACGUAUAAUCACUCAUUGAGGCGUCGGAGGGCGCGCGUUCUACCCUCGAACUCGCCCCAUCACAAACGGCUCAGUUCGGCAACGUCGGAUUCCGAGUCCGAAGAAAACACUGUUGUCACACAGAUCGCGUUCCGCCACUGAACUUCUACGUCGAAGACGUGGCAAGCAUGAAUGUGAUUUGUACCCAUUUAUAGUUCAGGGCGUUCACGUGUUUAUUUAUUAUAGACUAGGAGCUAGGCCUGCGCAGCUGUAGGCUGUUUUACUGCUAAGCGGCAAAUUGGGCAAAUGAACUGUGUUUUUUUCCGGCUCUCUAUCGGGCGUUUUACGAUGUACCGGAACAAAAAGAGUUGAUAUUUUCGAAGCGCGAAUCUCUCUCUGAAAUUAGCUAUAUUCUUGUAAAAUGUUCAAACAAUUGUUUCUUGUUUGUUUGUACAGGAUUUCGUCAAAUUGUCAAACUUGUCCCACCAGGUGGCGCCGUCUGGCCUGGUGUAUUUGUUUUGUGAUUGUGAUUUGUAAUAUUCCGUCUUUAAAACACGCUUAUUGUUUACUUUAUUUUUUGUAUUUUUAUUACUACUGGGUGGCACAAUAAAGGCGAUUUAUUCAAUUUAUUGUACUUUAUAAAGCAAUAUAGUAAUAAAAUAUCGUUUGUCUCCAGCUAUUUGGCAGUGGCACUUUACUCAUGACUCGAAAUUGGUUUUCUUGAGUGUUUGCUAGUUUGAGCGUUUGCAGAUUAAGUCAAUUAUUUUACUAUUCUUCCAUAAUUGCGUGAAUUGUAACAAUUUGGUGGAAGACAUUUAACGAUAAUUAUUGGGUCACUGCCAAAAAGCUUCAAACACACUUUAUGGGACUUGAAUUGUGCAAAAUCGCCUCCUUGAGCCGCCCCUGUACAAAUUGGAAAAUCCGGCAGCUACGUUUUGGCGCCGCUUUCCGCAAAUACUUGUAUUUUCGACUGGCAAAAAUAUACUCAGUUAUAUUUAAA